AUGGAAAUUGCUCUUCAAGGUGAGAGCCGAGGUAUUUUAUACGAAGGUUAUCAAAAUUCCUUUAUUCAAUGCAUCUUUGAAGAAGGUGAUGUUGAUGGAAAAAACGAACGUUAUGAAUUUCGAUGCAGUUCAGAUUUAGAAUGUUGUGGUAGAGUUUGUUGUGUAUCUCAACCUAGAAUUAUACCAAUAUGGUUAAUGAUUUGUCUUAUCUUUCUUGCUUUAAUACUUUUAGCUGCAAUUAUUGGUGCUGCAUUAUAUUUAUGUAAGAAAAGACCAAAAAAAGUUCGAAUUCCUACAACACACUCAAUAAUUCGUCCUCCUAACCAACAUAUAUAUCGUUCAAUUAAAAAUGACGACAAUGAUAUAUAUAGCCAUCGUUCACAAUAUGAUCCAUCAUAUGUUUCUCCUGAUUAUUUAGUAAAUGGUUAUGGAAAUAGAGGUUAUAUUACAUAUGGUGAUGAUUAUAAUAAUAUAGAUAAAGCCUCUGAUAGAAAUUUAAAUACAAAUAAUAUUAUUAGAUCUAAUCCAAAAAAUGAUAUAAUUAAUGGUGAAAAAAAUCAUAAAAUACGACGAGGAUCUGAAUCAACAUUCAACGACAAUACAUAUACACAACUUCCACAUACUACAACAAAUUUAGCACACGAACAACCACCACCAUUAUUUUAUAAAAAUGGUAUAUCAAAUGGUUUACCAAAUGAUAACAAACGAAAAUUUGAAGAAACAUAUGAAGAAAAAUUUCAUGAAGAAAUAACAAUGGAAAGAAAUGAUUCAAAAGAACUAUUAUAA